GACAAGCAGCUGGCCCGCACGCGGCAGGAGGCCCAGAAGCUGGAGGCCCAGCACGACCAGCUGCAACAGGAGAAGACGAAGUGCGUGCAGCGCGGGGUCGAGCUGAACGAGCGGGUGGAGCAGUACGUCAUAGAGAUAGACAAGUUGAACUCCAUUAUCAACUCCGUCGAGAGAGAGAUGGUCAGCCUGCGAAGAAAAUACGAGCAGGCGGUGGAGCGGCGGAAUUUCACUGGGACCCAGCUGAUCGACAGGAACGACGAGCUCUGCAUCCUAUGGGAGAAGUCGAACAUCCAAGAGCGCCUCCUGAAGAAG